GUGAUCUGAAAUGAAAUGUUGGUAAACGUUUUUAGCAAAAUUAUAACUGAGGUGUUAGAUUUAUUUUCUCCCACUUCUUGCACUUUUGUGUGCAGAAACUGUAACAGUUCUACAUUAUUAUUAUUAUUAUUUUCAUUAUUAUUCUUAUUACAUUUUUGUAUAAAUAAUUACAUACAUUAUGACGGUUUUUUAGUGCCACAUAAAAAGAAAUUAAAAAUUAAGAUUAAGAGAAUAAAGUGAAAAUGACAGCGGUAAAAUUGGUUUUAUAUAUAGACUAAUACAUUUUUACCACACAGCUAGCGUGAUUUAGAUGUCUAUCUAUCUAUCUAUCUAGAAUAAACUAGUCAGUGCUAAUCACCUGGCCAGUUUAAUUUCUAAUCUGAAGCUUGGUGGUGGUAGAAUCAUGAUGUUGGAUGAUUUCCAGCAUCAAGGACUGGGAGGUUCAUCAAGACAUGUUCAGAGACAUCCUUGAGGAAAACUUGUUCAAAAGUCUUCAGAAUUUUGUUUAUACCUUCUAAUAUGACCCAAAACACAUACAAGACAAUGAAUUGAGACGAGUCUGUGAACAAUCUUGAAUGGCCCAGAGCCUGGACAAGAAAUCCAAUUUAACAUAUCUAGUGAGAAUUGAACACAGAGGUACACUGACACUCCCAAAUCAACCUGACAGAGGCUCUGCAGAGAGGAAACGUCAAGCUUGUAGCAUCACAUAUAUGAAGACAUAAUGAAAGUAAAAUAGGGCUGUUCAGUCUUAUCCACAAAGGCCCGGUGUGGGUGCAGGUUUUCAUUCCAGUCAAGCAGGAGCCACACCUGAUUCCACCUGUUUAAUCAGUUGAUCUUAACUUUUAAUAGACUAUCAUGUGUGUCUUCUGGUUGUUUGGAAUGAAAACCUGCACCCACACCGACUGCUGGACCAACUUUCCGGAUAAGAUUGGACAACCCUGAAGUAAAGGGAAUGAAUAAUGUCAGUUUAAUAUUUCAGUGAUGAUAUAAAUCCACAUUCAAUACACAGUGAAGAAGAAAAUACAUUUCAAAUAAUCUGACUCUUAAAAUCACAGAGAAAUUCCUUUACAUCAAAAAAACUCUCUCACCUGUUGUGUGUCAACAUUUUUCCUUUAAAGCAUGAACUUCCUCUCACCUUAAAGCCACGCCUACGCCCUCUCUGUCACACUAUAACACACACACAACCAGAAAGUUCAUUUCAGAGAAAACAAAACUCAGUAAGAACUCAGAGUCUCUGUCUGUCAGCGUGUGAGUACAAGAAGAUGGAAAAGGCUGGCAUUUCAGUAGAUCAGGAUCAGUUCAUCUGUCCAGUGUGUCUGGAUCUGCUGAAGGAUCCAGUAACUACUCCCUGUGGUCACAAUUACUGUAAGGUGUGUAUUAAUGGCUGCUGGGAUCAGGAGUAUCUGAAGGGUGUCUACAGCUGCCCACAGUGUAGAGAGACUUUCACUCCAAGGCCUGUUCUACGCAGGAACAACAUGCUGGCUGAAAUGUUGGAGAAACUGAAGAAGACUGAACUCCAUGCUGCUUCUCCUGCUCACUGUUACGCUGGACCUGGAGAUGUGGAGUGUGAUUCCUGCACCGGGAGAAAACACAAAGCUGUCAAGUCCUGUCUGGUGUGUCUGGCCUCCUAUUGUGAAGAUCAUCUUAAACCUCACUUUCAGUCUCCUGCCUUUAAGAAGCACAAGUUAGUUGAACCCUGUGCAGAGCUCCAGGAGAAGAUCUGCUCUCAGCACGACAAACCGAUCGAGAUCUACUGUCGUACUGACCAAAGCUUCAUCUGUUACUUGUGUACGAUGGAUCAGCACCAAGGCCAUGAUACGGUUGCAGCUAAAGCAGAAAGAACUAAAAAACAGAAUGAGGUAAAGGAGGAGCAGAUGAAAUCCCAGCAGAGGAUCCAGGAGAAGCAGGAGAAGGUUCAGGAGCUGAAACAGACUGUGGGCACUAUUAAGAGGCGUUCACAGGCAGCAGUAGAUGAGAGUGAGAAGAUCUUUACUGAACUGAUCAGCUCCAUGGAGAAAAAGCGCUCGGAGGUGAAGGAGUUGAUCAGAGCUCAGGAGAAAGCUGACCUGAGUCGAGCUGAACGACUCCUGAAGCAACUGGAGCAGGAGAUUGCUGAUCUUAAGAGGAGAAUCACUGAGCUGGAGCAGCUUUCACACACACACGAUCACAUCCACUUCCUCCAGAGUUUCCCGUCUCUCUGUGUUUCUCCUGGAUCUGAGAACUCGCCCAGCUUCACUGUCAAUCAACAUCUCUCAUUUGAUGGAGUGAGGAAAUCUCUCUCAGAUCUGAAAAAACGAGUCGAGGAAAUCUGUGAGGAGGAAUUCAACAAAAUCCGUCCACAAGCUGCAGCAGUUCAGAUGAUUUUACUCUCAGAACCAGAGAGCAGAGAAGAUUUUCUGCAAUAUUUCUGUUAUCUGACUCUGGAUCCCAACACGGCACACCAUCAACUCAUUCUAUCUGAGAAGAACAGAGUGGUGAAGCGCAGCAGGACAGAUCAGCCAUACUCUGAUCAACCGGAGAGAUUUGACACCUGGUCUCAGGUGUUGUGUAAGGAGAGUGUGUGUGGACGCUGUUACUGGGAGGUGGAGUGGAGCAGUUUUGGUAGUGUGUACAUAUCAGUCUCAUAUAAAGAGAUCAGGAGGAAAGGAGAGGGUGAUGAGUGUUUGUUUGGAUACAACAGUCAGUCCUGGAGUCUGGAGUAUUCUUCUUCCUCUGUCUCUUUCCGCCACAACAACGCUGAGACAGAGCUCCGAGGUCCAGCGUCCUCCAGAAUAGGAGUGUAUGUGGAUCACAGUGCAGGAACUCUGUCCUUCUACAGCGUCUCUAACACGAUGAAGCUCCUCCACAGAGUCCACACCACAUUCACUCAGCCUCUAUACGCUGGGUUCUGGCUAGAUCAUGACUUGACUGUGAGAUUAUGUGAUUCGAAAUGAAAUGUUUGUGUUAGUAAAAUUAUAACUCUGUCAUCAGAUUUAAUUUCUGCCUGAGUUAGAAUGGCACUUUUGUGUGCAGAAAGGGUAAUAGUUACACAUAUUAUUAUUAUUAUUAUUAUUAUUAUUAUUAUUAUUAUUAUUAUUAUUAUGGGCCAAGCACUAAAGGUGCGUAGGCACAUAUUGUUUUCGUUAGUGUUCUUUAUUCUUCUUCUUCUGGUUGCCCAAAGAACAGCUUGCGGGAAAGUUAUGAAAUCUGGCACACAGAUAGAGGACUGUCUCACCAUUAACCAGAGCAAUUUUAGGGUCUCUCUCAAAUCCUCUAGCACCACCAACAGCUCAAAUGUGCACUCACAUUUAUGCUAAUAACUUUUCAACUGUAAGGGCUAGAAACAAAAUUCUAUUUCCUUCUGCUCAAGACGAUGCAAUUGUGCUGCAAGACGUCAUUUUCCGUCAUUUCGAAUUUUCGAAAAACCUACUUUUUCAAACUCCUCCUAGGUGGUUUGUCCAAUUCUACCAAAAUUGAAUCUGAUCAUCUUCAGACCAUGUUGGAAAAAAGUUAUCAAAAGCCUUUUGAUAGACCCAACUGUUCUCAUAUAGCGUAUCAACAAGUUCGACAAAGAGCACACCAAAAUGGACAUGAGAGUGUAUCUCCACAACAGUUUGGCAUAUUAAGACGAAACUUGGUAACUGUCAUCACAAGCAUGACCUGAGGGUACCUGCACAGUUUCGGUGCAGCGCCACCCAGUGGUCAUGAGAUAAGAAAAUUGCAAAUUUUGCUUCUGAACAGGUUGACCAGAAAUCACAAGACUUCUCAUUAGAUUCGGUACUGAACAGUUGAGUUGAACAGUACCGAAAAAUGUAGGCCAUUUUGAAUAUUGUAGUAAAAUGCUAUAUUUUACGAAUGCAUUUGCUUAUCGUUACGAAACUUGGUAUGUGUCAUCGGAACCAUGCCCUGAAGGUAUAUGUAUAUAAAGUAUAAUUAAAUUUUUUAAAAUGCUAAUA